CAAGUUUCAUCGCGAAUAGAUUUUUCGGUAUUCAAAUAUUCCACGGAUUUCAGACGUAAGUUACAUCAAAGCAUAGCCACUGUCCAGCCUGAUCAUUAUAAAAGCGCUGGAUGGUGGUAGGUCUGUACGAACUCCAUACGCCCCAUCCUGAUAUGACCAUCAUCGUCUCAAAUGAUCCUGCUUGGUGGCCGUUCCUCAGUUCUUCUCAGUUUACUAGCUAUUUUGUAGUUGCAUCUGCUGUUGUGGUGGGAUACGAUUGGGCAUUAACAUUCGCACAAGAGUUCGAACUCAUCUGGAGGCAACGCUGGUCCUUCAUGACCAUUCUGUAUAUUUGUGUCCGCUCCAUUGGAAUGAUAUAUUCUCUGUAUGUUUCCAAGGCUAACGCAUUGACACCGCACUGUACUGAUAAACCAUAUUAAUCAGCACCUAUGUACUACUCCUUAUCCCAGUCCCGGUGGCAGACGUAGGGUGAGUAACAAUCUCAGACAGCUUGAUAGUUAGACAUGACUGCAACAGCUG